GUCAUACGAUCCGAUUACCCGGUCUCACUGAUUUGGUUCUCGAGUUUGUCUUCCUCAGAUCGUAUUCCCCAUGAAACCCGAGAGGAUUCCAUUCAAAUGUAAAUCCCCGUUCUGAUUCAUUUAUAGGAGACUCUUCAGAUCGAGCUACUGUUCUUUCCACUUGCAAUUCGCAGAUCUUUUUUUUCGAUUUACGGUUUUAUUUUUUUUACCCGAGAGAAGAAGAAUGGACACUUUUACCGCGGAGGAUCUGUCGACGAUCGGAGGCAUAGCCACCGUGUCGCUCCUUCAUUCGUUUAUUCCGACGCACUGGUUACCUUUCUCCAUCGUUGGACGCGCGCAGAAAUGGACGCUUUCUAGAACCCUCUUCGUCACUGCAUUUGGAGCAGUCCUGCAUGUCAUAUCCACGUCCCUUCUUGGUAUAACAGCGAUCACAAUGGCAAAUACAAUCGCGGGUGAAGAGACUGUUCACAAACUUGCUUCCCUUUUGCUUGUGAUUCUUGGUGGAAGCUAUGUCUUGCUCUUCUUAGCUGGUAAAGGUGGUCAUACUCAUUCUCAUAACCAACCUAUGGAGAAAAUGGCUGUUGCUGGCCUUGUCCUUGUUCCUGCAUUAUCUCCUUGUGCCACGACUCUCCCGGUUUUCCUCGCUGUUGGAAAUUCUAAGCCGAUGAUGGUUCUCGCCAUCAUAGUUCUGCUGAUCAGCACCAUAUUGGUGAUGACAUCGCUAGUGGCUCUAUCGUUUUAUGGUGCAAGCCAGCUGAAGUUUCACUGGGUGGAGCGAUACGACAAACUACUGGUGGGUUCGGUCCUGUGUCUGGUAGGUAUCUUAACCCUUCUCUUCCAUGAUCAUGACCAUGGUGGUCAUGAAGCACAUCAACUCCACAGGAAAAUCAUCACUCUCUAGAGACGCUUCCGAGUCCCUUUUUUGCCCGUCAUGUCUGUUUGUGUUGUAGAGCGGCUUAAGGUCUUUUGCGUUGUAUGUCUAUAACUAGUUGUAACGCUCUCCGUUGCACGUGAAGAAACAUAUGGCAGCAUUAAUUUUUCUCUAAUAGAACAACUCUUUGCAGGUCUAUUGUAGUUAUUGCAUGACUUUGUAAUUGUUUUGUUGAAAUCGUUAAAGUUGGGUUUUUUGAACCUUGUAUAAAA